AUGGAUGACGGCAAUAUUAACAGAGAACUGAAGCAGAAAUUAAACUUCUCCUGUUGUGAGAAAGAGAAUGAGGAUGAAGAGCAGAAGGAAGCACAGGAGGGCUGCGAGGCCCAGGCCCUCACCCCAGAGCAGUCUAAACUCGAGGAUUCAGAGGCCAUGUCUACACCACCCAGAAUACCCCUGUCUACACCACCCAGAACACCCCUGAAGGAUGAAUACAAACUCCGCACAUUUCAGGGAAAAGGCCGAGUGACUCCAGAGCCUGUUUUGGGGACCCUGGUGUCAGAACCGCCCAAGUGGCCUACUACACCAGCCCAGCCUGAUGACAGAAGCAAGCUGCUGUACUGUGAGAGUCCUGUUACUCCUAAAGGCCAGCCAAGCCAGGCCAUGAUUUCUUCAACAGGGAAGCCGCCCUCCAGAGGCUCUAAGCAUUUUAGGCUCACACCUGUCUCCGUAACAGAUGAAAGGACCUCAUUAGCUCUGGUUAAUAUUAAUCCCUUCACUCCAGAGUCCUAUAGAAAAGAGUUCCUUCAUUCCAGUGGCAAGAGGAAAACCCGAGGAUAUCCUGAGGAAGUUGAUUCAGGGGAAGGCAAAGCAGAACAAGGGCUGCCUGCCAAGAGAUCUGUUCUACGAGAAACCAACAUGACUUCCCGCUAUGCAAAAGAAUUCAUGGAGUUAGAAAUGAUUGGGGUUGGGGAAUUUGGUACAGUCUACAAGUGCAUUAAGAGGCUGGAUGGAUGUGUUUAUGCAAUAAAAUGCUCCACGAACUCUGUUGCAGAAGCAUUAAAUGAGAAUUCAAUUUUGCAUGAAGUUUAUGCUCAUGCAGUACUUGGUCAUCAUCCCCAUGUGGUACGUUAUUACUCUUCAUGGGUAGAAGAUGACCACAUGAUCAUUCAGAAUGAAUACUGCAAUGGUGGGAGCUUACAGGAUGCUAUAUCUGAAAACACAAGGUCUGGCAAUCACUUUGAAGAGCCCAAACUCAAAGACAUCCUUCUGCAGAUUUCUCUUGGGCUCAAGUACAUCCACAACGCGGGCAUGGUGCACCUGGAUAUCAAACCGAGUAACAUCUUCAUUUGUCAUCAGGCACAAAGUGACUCUUCUAUAGUCCAAGAUGACAUUGAAAAUGAUGCUGAUUGGUUUCUCUCUACUGAUGUGAUAUACAAAAUUGGAGACUUGGGUCUUGCAACAUCAAUAAGCAAACCCAGAGUGGAAGAGGGAGAUAUUCACUUCCUGGCUAAAGAGAUUUUGCAAGAGGAUUAUCAGCAUCUCCCUAAAGGAGACAUUUUUGCCUUGGGAUUAACAAUGGCAUUGGCUGCAGGAGCAAAGUCAUUACCUGGCAAUGGUGAUGAGUGGCAUUAUAUCCGCGAGGGUAACCUUCCAGAUAUUCCUCAGGAGCUCUCAGAAGAAUUUUACAAUCUGAUCAAGAGCAUGAUCCACCCUGAUCCCAGGUGGAGACCCUCGGCAGCAGUUCUGGCCAGAAGUCGGGUUCUCCGUCCCACCUUGGGAAAAACAGAAGAGCUCCAGAAGCAACUGAACUUGGAAAGGAUGAAGACAGCCACACUGGAAAGGGAACUGAGAGAAGCCCAGAAGGCCCAGGAGCCUCGGGAAGGCCACAGUGACUCUGAGGUCUCGGGGACCUUUACAAGAUCAGGAAGCACCAAAAGGCUAGUGGGAGGAAAGAGUGAAAAGUCUGCAAGCUUCACCAGUGGGGAUUCUUCCCCAUAA